AUGGUUGAAACACGCUCACAAAGCGCAAAAACACCAGUAAAGACGCGCUCAUCAACAGCUUUGCGUCAGCAAAGUCCAAAAACUUCACGGUCAAGGCGGCCCUUUAAAGUAGAUAUAGAAACACAGCGUGUAACACGGUCUACAUCUCGUGCACGCCAGCGUAGUUUAGAAAUGGAUAUGUUUCAGUAUUAUGAGUUUGGAGGACCAAUAGGAGUGGCAUUUAUAAUGCUUUUUUUCCCAUGUUUAAUGUAUUAUAUGUGGAUUUGUUCUGCGUUUUACGACAGUCAAUUAGUAUGGCGAACAAAGGGAGAAUCAUACUGGGGUUUUUUGUGUCGAAUGGUAGGACAUGUUGUAGAAGGGGCGUUUCCUCAUGUUCGUGCAUGGAUUAUAUAUUGGGCUUUUUUGCUGGUGCAAGCACUCUUGGCAGUGACGUUACCAGGGGUAUAUUCGAAGGGGUUGCCGUUAUCACAUAGGAAUCAGGAAAGAUUAACGUAUUUUUGUAAUGCGGCAUGGUCUUUUUAUGCUUCACUUAUAGGAAUGGUUGUACUUCAUGUUUCGGGUAUAUUUGAUAUGUAUACGUUGGUGACGGAGUUUGGACCGCUUUUAUCUGUUUCUAUAUUAUCAGGAAUUCUCGUUUCUAUUGUUGCUUAUUUUUAUGGGGUUUUUGUUGGAAAUCAGCAUCGCAUGUCGGGCUGUUUUGUUUAUGAUUUGUUUAUGGGUGCUGUUCUUAACCCACGCAUAGGCAAAUAUCUUGAUCUUAAGAUGUUUUUUGAAGUUCGUAUACCCUGGUUCAUCCUUUUUUUUAUUUCUCUUGCAGUUGGUGUGAAGCAAUAUGAGGUUUAUGGAUAUAUUUCUCCACAGGUUUGUUUUGUUAUUUUUGCUCAUUAUUUGUAUGCGAAUGCGUGUGCAAAAGGUGAGGAAUUGAUUGUUAUAACAUGGGAUAUGGCUUAUGAGAAAUGGGGAUUCAUGCUUAUUUUUUGGAAUAUGGCAGGGGUUCCAUUUACCUAUUGUCAUUGUACUUUGUUUUUGGCAAAUCAUUCUCCUUAUAUGUAUCAAUGGUCUACGGCUUAUAAUAUUUUUUGCUUUGUUACUUUGCUGUGUUCCUAUUAUGUUUUUGAUACUUGUAAUAGUCAAAAAAAUCGUUUCCGUCAGCAGCAACAGGGUGAGCUAUUGUUGCGUAAGACGUUUCCUCAGUUACCUUGGCAAACACUAGAAAACCCUACUUAUAUUAAAUGUGCGAAUGGGGGCACACUGUUGACAUCAGGCUGGUAUCGGUUUGCUAGAAAAAUUCACUAUACUGCUGAUUUUAUUCAAGCACUUUCAUGGGGCCUGAUUACUGGAUUUUCAAGUCCUUUACCGUACUUUUAUCCUGUUUUCUUCUUUAUUGUCUUGAUUCAUCGUGUUUCGCGGGAUUUACAUCGUUGUAAGGCUAAGUACGGCAAAGACUGGGAUGAGUAUUGUCGGCAAUGUCCUUACAUAUUCAUUCCUGUAGGCUUUGUAUCCCUUAUUGAUUAUUACUGA